AUGUGCUCUCUCGUGAACAAUGCAGUGAAUCAACAAAAGGAUACUUUUGAAAAGAGAGAAAAGGCACGUAAAAGUACCAACACGAGAAGAGCCAAGUUGGUCGAGGAAGGCAAGUGUUCCGAGUGUGGUCAUGUCAUGGAUAAUGUUGCAUUGACCAGUGCUGAUAAGGAGUUCCUUAAUGAUAAAGAUGUUCUCUUGGUCGAAGGAAGUUCUUCUGCCAGUUCCACCAACAGUUCCAGCAACAGUUCCACCAAUAUUCUCGAUUGUGGUGGUGAGAUGGAUUCAGAGACGCUAUUCGAUGAUAAUGGUUUCAUUGGAACAGCCUUUCUUCGUCCCAGAUGUCAACAGUGUUUACGUAAACACAACGAGAGGGAGAAGCAAAAGUAUCACAAGGUUAAGGAAGAAGGAGUCAUGUGUCCAAGUCAUCCAUCGGUACCUUUGGAAGUGUGUGAUCCAGAAUUGGGCACAACAGCUUGUCAGAAAUGUUACUCGUUCACAUGGGAAAACAAUUUGCCUCUUUGA